GGCGGCGGCCGGCUUCGGGAGAGAGAGGCGGCCGGCCGGGGCUGAGGACAGCGCUACUUCCGGUCUCCUCACUUCCGGCUUCCCUGCUCUAGGUGGCUGGUUCGGGAGGCCGGGUUGAAAGGUCGCGGGUCCGAGGGGUCCCGCCUGUUGCUCGGAGCGAGCGUGUGACAGCUGUCGUUGCUCCCCGCCCCUAGGCUCCGAGGUGCGUGGGGGAGAAGAAAGAAAAAGUCUGGCUUGCAUUUCCGCUCACUGCUCGCCGGGGCGGGGCGAUUCCAGAGAGCGGCGGCAGGGCUCACCCUCGGUUCGGGAGCUGCCGGGUCCCCGCGGACAGGUAUGUCUGACUGCAGCAAUGGCACAGCUCUGGGUGCAUCUAAACCAGCCACAGAAGAAGCCAAGGCUAACGCUGAGGAGUCUACCAUGGCUCAAGAGUCUCCCAAAAAUUCAGCAGCAGAAAUUCCAGUGACUAGUAAUGGAGAAGUUGAUGAUGCUCAUGAACAUGGCUUUCAUAAGGAUUUGAAGCGUUCAUUGCCAUCUGGACUUGGUCUCUCAGAAACUCAAAUUACAGCUCGUGGCUUUGACAGUACCAAAGAGGGGGUUAUUGAAGCAGGAGUGUACCCAGGUUCCCCAGAGCCACCCCUGCCGUCCGUUAUGUCUCCUAGCAGGGUGGCAGCUAGCCGACUGGCUCCACAAGGAGGCCAUUUAAUUGUUCCCACAGAUCCCUCAUUCUGUCGGCCCUCACAUCCUUGUACUCGACAGAUUAUCUCUGAGAAGCUAGGCCGUGGCUCAAGAACUGUGGACCUUGAACUGGAAGCUCAGAUUGAUAUAUUAAGAGAUAAUAAGAAAAAGUAUGAAAAUAUCCUGAGACUGGCUCAGACGCUAUCAACCCAGCUUUUCCAGAUGGUGCACACUCAGAGGCAGCUUGGAGAUGCAUUUGCCGACUUGAGUUUGAAAUCUCUAGAACUCCAUGAAGAAUUUGGCUAUAAUGCAGAUACCCAGAAGCUGCUGGCAAAAAAUGGAGAGACUCUUCUUGGGGCCAUUAAUUUUUUUAUUGCCAGUGUGAAUACUUUGGUGAAUAAAACAAUUGAAGAUACGUUAAUGACAGUGAAACAAUACGAAACUGCCAGGAUUGAAUAUGAUGCGUAUCGCACUGAUUUGGAAGAAUUGAACCUUGGACCACGUGAUGCAAACACUUUGCCAAAAAUUGAGCAGUCACAACAGCUGUUCCAAGCACAUAAGGAAAAAUACGAUAAGAUGCGCAAUGAUGUUUCCGUCAAAUUGAAAUUUCUAGAAGAAAAUAAGGUGAAAGUGUUGCACAAUCAGCUGGUCCUUUUCCACAACGCCAUUGCCUCCUACUUUGCCGGGAAUCAGAAGCAGCUUGAGCAGACCCUUAAACAGUUCCACAUCAAGUUGAAAACCCCAGGAGUGGAUGCCCCGUCUUGGCUUGAAGAACAGUAGAGUCUCACCUGGAAAGAAAAGAAGGCUGUAUUGUUAUAUUUCUAAAUACACCUAACGAGUUAAACGGAGCGGGGCACGCGGUGAGGGGUGAGGACCGUUGUGGGGAUCCUGCAUAGCAGCUUUAAGUUUUCCCUUUUUCAUACCUUUACAGUUGACUUCGAUUUGAUAGGAAGGUGGGUGGCUUAAAUGUAAACAUUAUUUCUAUAAUUUGAACAUGGUGAUUUUCCUCUUUGAGAAAUCCUUUUGUAUUGUGAGGGUUGAUGGCUACUUCUGUAGUUUGAAAAUAUCUAAUAUUGAUUUGCACUGACAAAAUAAAAAUUUAAGGUUUUGGUCCUAGGAAUGAGGGCCAGUUGUAACUUUUCCAAAGGGAGGUUUAUGUGAUUUGUAUCAACAUCAGAUAUUUUAUAUAUGAAUAUAUUCAACAUCUUUAUGAGAGUCAUUUUCUUAUAUUGCUUAAAAAAAGAAAAGAAACUAUUUUGCAGAGUGAGUUGUGUGGGCCCGGCCGCACCCUCAGAGGUGGCCGUGCUAAUGCAUCAUUGAUUGGUCCGUGGGCUUGUGGCAGAUACCUUUUCAAAAGUGAAUCUGUACCAUGGUGAUUUUUUUGUAGGUUUUUUAGACACAGAAAUUACACCAUCAUUUCUGAGAGGUUUUUAGGCUUGUGAGUUUGUAUAAUCCAAGUCACAGAACAGUAACAUUAGCAAUUUUUUUUCUUUGAAUUUAUAAUGAAACCUUUUAAAAAUUUAUUUUUAAACAAGUGGACUAAGGAAUGGAAAUCUUGAUGGUUUCUAGAGUAGAAAUCUAUACUUAGAAGCUAGAUUUUGGAUAAAUUCCAUUUUGAUAGAAGUGAAUUUCUAGAGAGCUUUCCUUGACCUCCAUAUGAAAUAAUACCGUUUAAGCCUUAAAUCACAGAUACGUGCCUUCUCAAAUAUAGUAAUUCUUACUCAACCAGUGUACAUAGUCCAUGAAGACACCCCUUUCUGAUAAUGCCUGACAUGUGUCCCGUGUUAUGGGAAACUGUGUAUAAAUGGUGGGUUUCUUUGUUCCCAUGAAGCUAUAUUUGAGGGUUGUGAAAUCAACCUUAAGUUUGUUGUUUGGUUUCUCAAUUCCUUUUGAAGAGGAGAAGACAGGAUUUUUUCAUUUGAGUAAUGGAAAGAUGACCUAAAAAGGUACGGUGGCAACAGGAAGGUGACUGGAAAGGCAGGUCCUGUUUUGCUAUGCAGAACUUGUUCUGUGUUAUGUGGCAGCCUGUCUGCCAUGUGGCUCCUCUGUAACAGAUCCUCUUUACAAGUAAAGUUCCUUUGAUUUUUAUCACAGACAUGAAUUAAUAUUUUCAGAGAUAUCUCUUUCCCUGUUCAUUUCUAUUGUGUUGAAAUGAAGUACUUAUAAUUACUGUUAUACAUAAACUUUGUGAAUUGUAAGAUUUGUUACAUACGUUCAAAUGCCUUUUAGCUGGCUUUUAAUCAGACGCCUAUUUUGAGUGCUUAAUACAAUGUAAUGUGACUGUAAAUCAUAAACUUAUUUUAAAUCAUUCCCUCUGUACAUUUGUACUCUAACGAAGCCUUAUUUUAUUCUUCCAGCAGAAUAACUACUUGUGAUAGUUCAUUUACAUUCCCCCAAAUGUGCCUCUAGUGUGAAUUUUGUAUUCUUAUUAAAAGUGUUUGCUGCAGUACCUUGUUUCUCUGGCCCUCAUAGUUUUAAAUAAUAAGUAACUAUUUGGAAAUUCUGA